UCUCGCUUGGAAGCUUCUUCAUAUGUUUUUCCUCCUCGAGAUGUGGACUCCAUGAAUCAAUGAGCCUAUACUCUGAUACCACUUGUGGGGGUUAUGAUACCCACUUGUUGCAGAAUACAAGCUCAUGAUACCCAUGUCCCUUUCACUACUCAUACGAUUCAUCCUUCUUCAUGACUCAAAAAUUGUUCACCCAGUUCACGGUCGCAGCGCGCUACAUCUGGGGUUGAUUCAGGAUCCACAAUAUCCACUAUGAAGUAUCGGAAAACACCUCCGAUGUGGUUUACAAGAUCAUUACUCUCUAUGUCAUGGGUAUACAAACCCUAGAUAGUAUAAAGAGAAUACAAGAGAAGUAGAUGGCUAAGAGCUAAGCCUAGGAUUACAUAUAUAUCACCAGCUCACUCUAUCUCUCCAAGAGACGCCAUGGAAGCUCCCGCCUCCUAGAGGUUCAGCUUGAGUUUGGAGAUCUCUGUCGUGAUCUCUCUUUCUUUGUAUUAGCACUUGAUCUAAUGGGCUUCAACGAUUAGGUUCAUAUGUUGUCCGUGCAUAACUUGUGCAAGCCGGCCCAACAUUGAACAUUUUGUAUGGGCUUUGACCAAUCCUCACGUCCCAAAAUAUAAAUUUCCAUUUGUCGUGCAGAAAAAACGAUCUCUAGAAUUGAAAAGGACAGAUUUAUUAAAAAUCCAACCAAUCAGACAAAAGCCUCACACCUCUCUAUUGGGAUCUGAAUCUUCACUUUCUCUGAGAUUCUUUUGUACGAAGAAAAAAAAGAACAGAGGAGAAGAAGAAGAAGAAAAAUGCCGCAUGGAACGCUUGAAGUUGUUCUUGUCAGUGCCAAAGGUCUCGAGGAUUCUGAUUUUCUGAAUAGCAUGGAUCCUUAUGUGCUCCUCACAUGCCGGACUCAAGAUCAGAAGAGCAAUGUUGCAUCAGGACAAGGCACAACUCCGGAAUGGAACGAGACAUUUAUCUUCAAUAGCCAAACGAACACGGCUAACGUCUCUGAAGGAACUACAGAGUUAAAAGCCAAAAUCUUUGACACAGAUGUUGGCACGGAGGAUGAUCCCCUUGGUGAAGCAACUAUUUCACUGGAGGCGGUUUUCUUGGAAGGAGAUAUCCCACCAUCUGCAUACAAUGUGGUGAAGGAUGAAGAGUUCAAAGGCGAAAUCUGGAUCGCACUAUCCUUCAAACCUUCGGAAAACCGAAGCAGGGGUUUCGAAGAGGAGUCUUAUGGAGGCUGGAAAAACUCUGAAGCAUCUUACUAAAGAGAAAUAACAUCAAAUACUCUUUAAUUUGUUGUCUUGGGAAUAAAAUGUUGAGCUAACCUCUUGAAAAGGAGUUAUUAUUAUUAUUAUUGUUGUUCUGUUCGGUUUGAAAUUCAAAACUCUUGAGAGUUUGAUUCUUUUGUCAAGAAUUUGUUUCAGUCUUGUUUUGGUAUUUAAGAAAAUAUUUUACAACUCUA